AUGAUGACUAAGCAAUAUCUUGGCGGUACGCUACUUCUAAUUUAUCGCCCGCAUCAAGAGCUACACGUCUACCCCACGCCGUGCGUGUCGACGGGCAACAAAUAUCUCCAUCCAAUCUGCGCCAGCUCCGAGUCGCCGAAAAUGAGGCUCACUACAGAUCUGAUCAAUAAUUCUCUCUCCUUCAUCAACCCUCUCACGGAGCGUGAGCUCGACUUGCGAGGGCACAAGAUCUCCGCUAUUGAGAACAUGGGAGCUGCGCGGGAUAACGAUGCAAUCGACUUCACCGACAACGAUAUUGCGCAACUGGGCAACUUUCCACUGCAACCUCGUCUCCGUACGCUUUUUCUAGCGCAAAACCGUAUCUCGAGUAUUCAGGCCAACCUCUCAUCCAGCAUCCCAAACCUGACGACGCUCGUUCUGACCAAGAACCGACUGGCUGAACUGGCCGACUUGGACCCUCUAGGUGGAUUCAGGAAACUUGUCUAUUUGACACUAGUUGGCAACCCGGUUACGAGCAAGGAGAACUAUCGACUCUGGGUAAUCUUCCGCGUCCCGUCCCUUCGCUUCUUUGAUUUUGUCAAAGUCCGUGAUCGAGAACGGCGACAAGCUGCCGAACUGUUUGGCACUGCUGAUGCACCCACCGAGCUCGCAUCGAGAAUAAUGGGUCAAAAGUCCAAGGGCUUCGUAGUGCCUACUUUCACCAACGGCUCCGACAGCCCAGCCAAGGAGCGACUUUGGACGGAUGACGAGAAGAAGCGAAUGCGGGCAGCAAUCAAGGCGGCGGGGAGUUUGGCGGAGAUGGCGAGGCUGGAGAAGGACUUCGCCGAAGGUCGAAUACCUGCAUAUGUGCUAGAGGGGGGAGAUGCCAUGGAGAUGUAA